AUGAACUUUGAGCAAGCAACGUUAACCUCCGUGCCAGGCGGUCCCGGUGAUCGCAGUAGCACUCGCUUGAAGGUACCGCUCUCUUACGCCGUCGCCGUCGUUGCGAUCUUUAUAGUCUUCCGGGUCUACUGGCGGGCAGGCAGCGCGGAGAUCUUCUGCCUCCUCCUCUCGACCCUGGUCAUCUACGUUUGGCGCCAACAGGACCAGCGGGGUCUGGCCGACAAAAACCGCCAGGCCCUGUCCAUGUAUCGGAGCUUGGGGCUGCCUGACUCGCUGCAUAGGGACGUUCGCUUGAUCUAUCUCCUGCACUGUGCUCGUGAUCUCAGGGUCCUGAACCCGCCAGCCUUUGACUCUGCCGUCUCCGCUCUCUCCGCUGCAUGGCAGCUCGAAGCCGAGCUCAUGGGAGACACUGCGGUGUCGUCAGCCCGCCGUGCCCAGCUGGACAUAUACACCGACCUCACACAGGAGGCUGUCCGGCAGAUCGCAUCCAUCCGGUACUCGAUGGAUACCGUGCAGAAGCAGGAUCGCCUGGAUACGAUCAUCGAUGCGCUGAAGGGCAUCCUGGACUCGCACGCGAUCGAUCUGCGUGCCCACCUCAACGUGGCCCCAGCCCCCGCUCCUUCAGCAGCGCCUGCACCAUAG